UAAAUGCAGUGCAAAAACAGAAACAGCAACAGCAACAGAAACAGCGACAGCAACAUCAGAAGAAACAGGAAUAACAAACGAAAUGGCAAAAAGUGCAGUUAAGCGUGGAAAUUGCAUUAAAAAUUGAGCAAAAAAAAUUGCGAAAACAAAAGGCGGCGAAAAGACUAAAAACGGAACAAACAAAGACGCAAAACGAAACGCUGGAGUUAACGAGCGCUAAAAAGCAAAAAAAUAAAAAAAUACAAACAACAAAAUUCGAGUAAAAGCCACCAAAAAGACAGCAACACCAACACACAGACAAAGAGAGUAAAGUUUUGAUUGAAAUUUUCACUGUGCUUUCAUCCAUUCGGGAUUGUGUAAAUUUCUGAUUAACGAACAAGACACCAUCAACAAAAAAAAGUGCGGCGCGAAACGUAAAAUAAUAUUUCCCGAAAGGAUUCCAAUUAACUCCAUUUGAUCCACCGUAACAUUGGCAUCAAAUUUCAAAUAUCGCAGAACUUCUCUAAUCGAGCAACAAAUCACUUGGCAGUUCGGGUUACGCUUUCUUUGUCAUGACAGUUCGGGCCUACAUUUUGCUAUAUUUUUUAUUGUUUAUGCACAGCAAGAUCGCCGCUUGCGGUUCUCCCAGCCAUAAACACACCUAAGUGAUAGCCGUUACACAAAAUUGAGCCGUGAACACUGAGAUUCAAGUGCGAGUGAGUCGUGCAGUAAAAGUCAAAGUCAGCAGGCAGCAGGCAGUAAGCAGUCAGCCCCACCUAACGUCCACACAAAACAGCCCGAGAACUCGAGUCGUUGACAAAGUAACGCAUUUAGUGAUAAGGACGAAACGACUUGCUGGCAAAAUGAGCAGCCAAAACAGGAGCAAAAGGAGCGUGAGCAGGAGCAGGAGGAGUAGCACCGAGAUGGCCCAACUAUUGCUCCUUAUCGGCAUCGUAGUCACAUCUUGUUUGCCGGAAAUCGAGGGAUUUCAGCGAUUCUCGGAGCAGCCCAAAUACACGGAGGUGAAUCCCGCCGAGGACACGCUGCUCACAUGCAAAGUUAUCGACAAGCGUGGCACGUGCUCCUGGCAAAAGGAUAACAAGCCCGUUGGCAUCUAUACAAAGAAAUACGAAUGGGCCUCACGUAUGCCGACGAGCGACAAUGGAAAUGUCCUGCAUCUGGACCUCCAUCCGCCGCCGGUGCAGCUCGGUGGCGACUGCUCCCUGUGGAUCCGCUCCGCCACACUGGACUUUGACGACGGGCUAUGGGAGUGCCAAGUGACGGCCAGCGACUUCACCACCCAGGAUGCCCUCACCAGCCAGCCGGUGCGCCUUGUUGUACGUGUGGCGCCACAGCGGCCGAGGCUCGAGUACGAGGCGGUCCACGUGCCGCCAGGACACAACAUCACCGCAGACGCCGGCGCCCUGGCGACGGUCAAGUGCAUCUCGCAUUACGGCAAUCCGCCGGCAACUCUCAAAUGGUUUUUGGGCGACCAGGAGAUCUCGCCCAUCCACCCGCAAAUGAAUGCCACCGAGCCGGAUAAUCCACGCACCUGGUCGGCCACCUCGGUGGUGCAGGUGUCGGCAAUGCGGGAGCGCCACGGCGAUAUACUGCGGUGCGCCGCCUACCACGAGUCCUACACGGCCAAAUCGGUGGUGGUGGAGGCCAGGCUGGACGUGAAAUACGCGCCGAGCAUCCGUCUAAUUGGCUCACCGGAAAUCGACUUGGAGGAGGACAAGGAUGCCCUGGUCCUGCGCUGCGUGGCCGAUGCCAAUCCGCCGGCCAGCAUCGUCUGGCGGCGAGCAGGACGCUCCGAGAUAGCCAGCUUGCAGGAAACUCUGCAAUUGCGUCCCGUCGGGCGUCGCGAUGCCGGAUUGUACACCUGCCAGGCACAGAACUCGGUGGGCACCUCCGAGCAGCUGUCGGUGCAGUUGGAUGUGAAAUAUCCUCCCAAAAUUAUUUCAGCUGGUCCGGAUCGCCUUACCACCGCCCCGCUUUUUAGUCCAGCAGCCUUUGAGUGCCUGGCUGAUGGUAAUCCCCUGCCAUCCUUCAAAUGGGUACAGAGAAUGGCCCAUGGAUCCAAGUACGUGGAGCGGGGCUCCGAGUCCAGAUUGGUCAUCGACAACGUCACCUACGAGUACCAGGGCGAGUACGAGUGCCGGGCGACCAGCUACAUCAAUGGCCAGGAGCGGGUGGCCAUAUCCGAUCCGGUGUCGCUGCAAGUUGUGGGUGCCCCGCAGGUCCUGCGACUGCAUCCUUCCCUGCACACCGUCUCCGUGAAGCGAGGAGAGGCGGCCAGCCUGACAAUGGUCGUCUGUGCGGAUCCGCGCCCACAACGCGUCGCCUGGGAAUGGGGAUCCCUGCGUCUGGAGGCCGGCUCGGGCAUCGAUCGCUUCCGGGCCGAUGACAUGCAGCCGGACACUCGGGAGGACUGCUACCUGUCCACCCUGCACAUCUUGCACGCGGACGAGCACGACUCCAGGCCCUACUACUUGGUGGUGGAGAACGAGCGGGGCACCGAUCGUCACGCCAUACACCUGAUUGUGGAGGGUACGUUUGCAGAACCCUACGAGAUGAGCUAUCUAAUGGGCGUGGCCGGGGGCUGCAUGGCCGCCAUCCUUUUGCUGGUUUGCCUCUGUAUCUAUGCGAUCAAGAGCAAGAGAUGCUGCUUCAAGGGUUCCACGGGCUAUAAAUCAUCGGAUAAAGACAGCGAGAAAGCUGAUUUGAAAUCACGCUCGGAUAGCACGAGUGGCCCUCAAGGUGAUUCGAUUUACACCACGCCGGCGGGCUUCCAUCAUCACCAGCAGCAGCAGCAGCAACAACAGCAGCAGCAGCAACACGCAGCAGCAGCAGCAGCCGCUGCCCUACAUGCCGCAUCUCAGCAUCCGCAGCAACAGUACCCGGGACACGGAUCGCCGGAGGCAAUGAAGAGCGUUCCGGUGCUUCGAACAUUUGGCGGUCAUCACAUCGCGUAGCGCGAGCGGGAACGGGACGUGGGCGGGGCCAGCUCGCCCUCGACCACGAUAGCCACGCCCACCGGUACGCCGCCUCUGCUGCCGCCGCUGCCCAACACUUUUGUGGCCAUCAAGACAAAGUCCGACUGCAGCAGCAGCAGCCACAGCAACAGCAACAACAGCAACAGCAACAACAGCCUGACCCUGCACAGCGGCAACAACAGCUUCAAGUCGAGCGGUCACAGAAAGUCCCCUCAGCCGCCCCCGCUGCCCAUGAAAAACGGCGCCAAACAGCAGCAGCAGCAACAGGAGUCGCACUACCAACACUUGAGCUACCAGCAGCAUCCCGGCAGCAACGCACGCAACACCCUGGACCGCAAGCAGACGAACAACACUGGCGGCGACUACUGCACCCAGAUCAAUCCGCACUAUCUGCAGACCUUCGACAGCCUGGACCACUACAGUGUGGCCACCAUGCAGCAGCAACCGUUGCGCAGCCAGUCCAAGUCGCAGAUCUACAGCUACGGCAGCAGCGGCACCGCCAGCGAUAACAGCAACCACAACCAGCAGCAUCUGCCGCACCAGCAGCAUCAGCACUACCACAGCAGCAGCAACAUAGCCCACAUCGAGCACCACUACCAUCCGCAGCACGGCAGCAUCCGCUACAGCCACCCGCACGUGCAGCAGCAACAUCAGCAGCAGCAGCAUCAGCAGCAUCAGCUGCAGCAGCAGCAACACCACAGCCUGAAGCACACCAAGCACGGCAAGGGGCACAAGAACGGCAAGCACGGCUCGAAGGGCAGCAGCAGCAAGUCGCAGGACGACUUCAAGGUCCUGCACAAGCAGCAGCAGCAACAUCAACAGCAACAGCAACAGCAGCUGCAGCCGCCAAAGUGCAGCGGCACCAGCAAGUCAGCCAAGCGCAACGGUUGCGGCAACCAGGUGUUGCCGCUGCCACCGCAGCAGCAGCAGCACUACUCCAGCUCCAGUGAUAGCCUACCAUUUGAUAAUAACUACUAUUAG